UCACCUGAGAACACGGGCCUCGGGGCCCUGAUGGGAAAGGCAGAUCAGCCUGGGGGAGCAAGGGGCCCAUCUAGCAGCCUGUCCCCUGCUUCUCAUGGGGCCUCCAGCCAUGCACAGUGUGGCUCAGGGUCAAGGCUCCUGGCGGCCCCAGAGCACUGCCACUGCCUAGCCACGUCCUGAGUGCCAGACGCCACGCCGGUGGUCAGGGGUCACUUGGCCCUUUCCUCCAUUCUUCAUUGCUCAUGGUUGGGCCCCUCGGGGCCAGGCUGGCUGAGUUCAUCCAGCAGAUCCCUGGCUAGCCCUCAGCGGACACGAGCAAGACCUUGCAUCUCAGCCGGCCUGGGAGCACAGCUGCCUGCAGUGCUCAGCUUUGGAAAUAUGGGGGCGGGAAGGGCACAGCAGCAGGGUCCUGCCUGGGAGGGUCCCCUCGCUCGUGACCCGUGAGGGCCAGGAGUUCUGUAAGACUCAUUUUCCGACCACCAGGGCCUGGUUAGCGAUCAGACAGGUCUCUUCCCUAGGUCCCCCGGGUGAGGAGGCUCAGCCUUGAAGCUCCGAAUCCUUCCUCUCCAGCCUCUCCCCCGGGCGCUGACCUGGAGAGACUCCCGCUGCAGCCCAGCAGCUGCACUUUAUUACCUCUUCUGCGGUGGUCCCUGGCAGUUGCCUUGCCAGGCCCUGGGUAAUGAGGCUCUGCUUAAUUAUCAUUAGGCCUGGAUCAGGGCCUGGAGGGAGAUGAAGAGAGCAGUUUUUUGAUCCUCCAGCCCCUGGUGUUGGGGGAUGUUGAGCUGUUCCUUCCCUGUUUGGUUCCAAGAGGUGCGGUGGGGGAGGAAAAAGCCCUCCUGACCUCCAGAGCGCUUCUUUCCAAGCCAGCUGGCAGUGUGAAGCUGAGAGGCUGAGCCUGGCACAGGCAGGGAUUUCUCCUGGCUUCUCCUGUCCUGCUGCCCCAGCCUCCUCCCCAGAGUGGGCUCCCCAAGCCCCAGGCACAGCCCAGCCCCUGUUGCAGGGUCACAUGGGGAGCUUGGUGCAGAAUGAGCUUCUUGCUGGUGGCUGUCAGGCCUAGCCUCCAGGUUCAGAGCUGGGUGGAAAGAGCACAGGUGGAACAGGCCCUGCCCGCAGAGCACCUUGUAUGCCAGGGCCUCAGGAGACACCAAGGCAGCCACGGGCACCCAAGGCUGACAGAGCAAGGCAGGGACACCAGCUCAGAGAACUGAGGAGUUGGCUGCUGUCUUGAUUUCACAACCAGCGAGGCGGCCUUGAAAUCAGAUCCCUGGCUUCUGCAGCCACAUGGAGAGAAACCCCGGCUGCUUCCCACAGCUCGCAGCCCACCACCUGCCAGGAAGGUGGGGGCGUGGCAGAGGGGGCAGCUGCCAUCUCCGCAGCGGAUCUGCUGACCCCUGCAUGAGCCCUUGACCACCCUGGCUGGCUCUUGCUGCAUCCCGCAGCCGACAUGCGAUCUGCCCAGACCACAUAAACCGCCACUGCCUGUUGCCUCGUGCCAGAAGAAACGUUCCCAGGGACCUCAGCACCGGAAACAGGAAACUGCAGCUUUCCUGUCCUCUGAUGAAGAUCAUGGCCACAUGGUCACCCUGCCACCCCCAGCCUUCCCCCCCAGGGGGCUCGGCCUCUAAUCCCCCAGCCCCUGGGUCUGUUCACAUGUUGGACGGGGAUGCUUUCAAUUUCCCUUUCCUGGUGGGUGGAAGAUCCCGGCUGCGUGGGCUCAGAUGAGGAAUGGCAGGCAUUCCCCACCAGGCCGGCUGCUCCCAGCCCACCUCCCAGCCGGCCUCAUUCCCUCCCUGCUCCCCUUCACCCCACGCUUCGCCUCCCCAGGGAAGCCAGCUUGGUGCUGAAACUGAGUGGAGCAAGAAGCAGGCAGCCUCUGGUGAGGGCCUGGGGUGGGGCCUGGCUGCCCUCUCUCCUUUGGGAAUCAAGUGAAUCAGACCCCAGGAGCUUCUAGUCUGGAGGAGCUAUGAUGGACCCCUAGGACAGCAGGGGUGCAGUGCUGGGAAUGGGGAGGAUGGCGCAGCUGCCCCACCGGCCUCAGUCUGCUUCCUCAGGGCUGAGCUGGCUCCUUGGGGUGUGGAGUGGGGACUCGGAGCGGAGCAGCAGCUCUGGGUAGGCCAAGGAGGCACCAGGAGGUAUGAUUUGAGUGAGCGGAGACCUGGCCCAGGGACUUCCGCCUCCCAUCUCUCACCACAGCUUAUCAAGGGGCAACAGGGACGAAGCACAGACGUCUGGCUUCCGUGGGGCAGAUCAGUGAAAGUGCAAGCGUCAUGGCUGGGGGACAGCUGGGUCCCUCCACCCUGCUCCCCAGGGAGCCAGCAGAUACCUCUAUGAGGUCCCAGGGCCACAGGAGCAGCCUCUCCCUGUCUGCGCCUGCCCCUGCAGCUGGAGGAAGCUGCCACCUCUCGUGGGGGUGGGGUCCUGCUGUGAGACCCUCAUCCUUAGACGUCACCGUCCACACUGCCCACCACAUGGGCUGGCAAGAUCUGUCCCUGACUGCGAAGAGGAAAAUGGGAAGGUUUGGCAGUGUCUUCCCGAGCCUCAAUAUGGCGGUGAAGCGGCGAGAGCAGGCCUUGCAGGACUAUCGGCGACUGCAGGCCAAGGUGGAGAAGUACGAGGAAAAGGAGAAGACUGGGCCUGUGCUGGCCAAGCUCCACCAGGCCCGAGAAGAGCUGCGACCUGUGCAGGAAGACUUCGAGGCCAAGAACAAGCAGCUCCUGGAUGAGAUGCCACGGUUCUACGGCAGCCGCCUUGACUACUUCCAGCCCAGCUUUGAGUCCCUGAUCCGGGCGCAGGUGGUGUACUACUCAGAAAUGCACAAGAUCUUCGGAGACCUGACCCAGCAGCUUGACCAGCCGGGCCACUCAGACGAGCAGCGAGAGCGGGAGAACGAGGCCAAGCUGAGCGAGCUCCGAGCCCUCUCCAUCGUGGCCGAUGACUGAGCUCACUCCCCAGACUCCUGGUGCUGGCAGGUUGGGGCCCAUGGUGGCCUCUACUGUGCCUUGCCAGCCCUUGACCUGAAUGCCUUCACUGUCUGGAGCCUGACUCUAGGAGCCCCCAGCAGGCUACCUCUGCCUGCUCACAGCCCCAGAUGUAAGUAAGCAGUGUAGAAAAACCCCAGGGGCCUUUUCACUUCCAGAACCAUCCAGAGCGUAGCCUGGCCCAGGGCAGAGCAGACCUCAGCCCUUGGAGGCCUGUUUCCUUCGGCAGCACAGCUGAAGUAAACUCUGCUUACACGGCCGGGACCGCGUCUACCUCCAGAGGACCCAUCCUGGGGAAUCCACCCCUGUUGCUGCUCUUCACCUCAAAGGCAUGGUUUGCUGCCCUGGGGAAUGGGGAGGUUGUGCGGUCCCCUCACUGCAGCAUGACAUAGCUGCUCGCUCAGGUUCAGGCCAAGUGCAGGGACAAGCCCCGGGUCUUCAGGGAGCUGGGGCUACCCUGCCACACAGAAUGGCACGUCACUGCACAGGUCUGAGCCGGCACAGAGGGUUUGCCACACCUGGAUAUGUAUUUGGAAUUUUAUUUUUUCAAGUUAAGUUUCCAAUAAAAGAUCACCUAGUGUUGUGGUGUAACUUCCA